AUGUUGCAUUACAUCGUCCCCUGUGUCCUGUGUAUCUCGGUUACGAACGGGUUGUCUGCUCUAACAGAUGACGAAAUACAGAAUGUCACCAGUCUGCUGGGACAGGAAUCAGGCGGCAAACCAAACACAGAUCUCUUCAGACAGCUACUGAACCAGGAGACCUUGAUCAGAAUGGCGCUGGUGAAAAACGUCCACACCCUGAUGAAGGAUAUGGUGGAAAUGAAACAAAGUAUGGCUACCAACGACAGAAGACUUCAAGAGGCUGAGAAAGAAAUCUUAGUUCUCAAACAAGAGGUGCAGACAAUAGAGUCUGAAAAUCAACAAAUAAAGGAGCAGGCUACAAAAUUCCAACAGGGAUUUACCGACUUUGAUAAAAAGCUCGAAAAAAUUGAGGAAAAAUUCACUCAAGUCGCAAAUAGCUGCGUUGAAUAUGAGAGGAUAUUGGACACAAAAAGGCGGGACUAUGAGAAAAACACUUCCGGUAUACUGGACGAUAUAAAAACAGAAGUUCGCUAUUUGUCAUUGACUUUGUUAGAUCUAAAUAAACACACUCUAGAGUUGGAUAAAUCUAUUCCAAAUCUCAUCGACAACAAGAUGACACUUUACUCUGGAAAACUGAAUGCUUCACUUGAAAUGUUGAGCGAAGACAUUGCGGCAUCUUCCAUUAACAGUGAGCAGUUGUCAACAAACGUGUCUACUUUGGAAAAGUAUCACACAACCAUUAUGAGAAUGAUGUCAGACGAGCUUAACAAGACAAUUUAUGGUUUGAAAGCGGAAGUAGAACAUUCCCAGAAUGAACAGCAAAAACUGUCGUCUGCUGUGGCAUCCUUGGAAAUUUUCAAACUGAACAUGUCUUUAAACAGCUGUGGUAAGACAUCCCACGUUGGCUUUACAGCUGGUAUGACGAGUUCCGACUCCACCUGGUCUGGGAGUACCUUAGUAUUCCCUCAUGUUGUCUAUAAUAAUGGAAAUGGAUACAACCCCAGCACCGGGGUAUUUACCUCACCCACGGCCGGUACAUACGUCUUUUAUGUCAAUGUUAACGGCUAUAGUAAUAAUUAUAUUUACCUAGACAUUGUUCUUAACGGGAGUUCAAAAGUCAGGACAAUGUCGCACAACACUGCAUCGUUUAUGACGGGAACAAAUAUGGCUGUCCUCCAACUGGUCAAGGGCGAUAGCGUGUGGAUUAAACGUGCUAAUGGUAAAAGCUACUAUUCUGAAUCUGUACCAAUAACUACCUUCUCUGCUUUUCUCUUGUAACAACAGCAGGCCUCUGAUCACCUAAUUCUGUCAUGUGUAUCCCCGUACAAUCAGGAAAUUUCCAUUAAGAAAACUUGCGUUCGAGUAAGGAAGGAGUAAUAAAAAAACAUGGACUGGAUAACAAAAUAAAACGCUAGAAAUGAAAAAAUGACAUAGCUUGUGUGUUACUUUUUAAAAUUAUUUGUA